UCGAGCGGGGCAAACGGAUCCUAUCGCCUGUCGCGUCCUUGUCAUCGUCGUGUGGGCGGUAUAAAUACCCUGCAACACCCACCAGGCCACACCCAACCCCACCUUCAUUGAUUGAUUACAGCCCGUUCAUCCUUCCUUCCCCCGUCGAAUCCCACCUUCCUUCCCCCGCCCGUUAAGCAGCCGAGUCAGCAGCAAUGGCGGCCGUGCUGAGGAGAGCCGUGGCGCAGUGCUUCGCGUCGUCGUCGUCGUCGUCGCCGGCGACGUUCGGGCUCCGGCGGUUCCUGCAGGAGCAGCCGGCGUUCCGCCCCGCCGUGCCGCCCGACCGCUUCAUGCCCCUGGCCGACCGGAUCCGGGACCUCGGGGUCGGCGUCGCAUUCCCGCGGAUCAACCUCGACGGCCUCGUGCCGCCCGCGCCGGCGCCGGCGCCGGCCAAGCGGGAGCCGGACGCGGCGCUGCCCGCGGCGAGCCUCACGGUGGAGGAGGCGCGCAAGGUGCUGCGCGCCACACAGAUGGAGGCGGCCCGCGCGCGGAUUCGGGAGUCCGGCGCCGGCGCCGUGCCGUACGCCGACUUCCUGCGCCUCUGCUGCGACGCCGCCGGCCCGGACGCGGGCCCCUCCGUCGCGCGCGCGCUCGACGAGUCCGGAUCCGUCAUCGUGCUCGGAAAGACCGUCUUCCUCAGGCCCGACAUGGUCGUGAAGGCAAUCGAGAACGCGAUCCCCGUGCGGCACGCCGCCGCCGCCGCCGCCGCGGAGAUCGACCCCGCGAGGGAGGAGGAGCUGAGGGCCAUGGAGGCGGAGAAGGCGGAGAUCGACCGCGCGGCGGCGGCGCGGGUGCGGCGGGAGCUGUGGUGCGGGCUGACGUACCUGGUGAUCCAGACGGCCGGGUUCAUGCGGCUCACCUUCUGGGAGCUGUCGUGGGACGUGAUGGAGCCCAUCUGCUUCUACGUCACGUCCAUGUACUUCAUGGCCGGCUACGCCUUCUUCCUCCGCACCAAGAAGGAGCCGUCGUUCGAAGGCUUCUUCGAGAGCCGGUUCGCGGCCAAGCAGAAGCGCGUGAUGCGCGCCCGGGGCUUCGACCUCCGCAGGUACGAGGAGCUCCGGAGAGCCUGCGGCGUGGCGGCGCCGCCGCUCCAGGCCCGGACCCCCUGCGCGAGCGCGGGCGCGGCGCGGGAGAGCGGCCAUUGCCACUCCUACUGCCAUUGCCAUUGAUCUUGGCCUCGCUCGGUUCAUUCCUUUCUUUUUUUCUUUGUUGUUCAUGCCCAUUUGGUGGGGAUGAUGAUUCGUGUAUCCAUCUGAUGCGCGCGCGGAUGCAAAAAAAAAAGAAGCAUACUGAAUUGAGGUUUAAACUUGGAACCAGGGCGUCCAAAUGAUGCAUAAGCCAUGUCCAACUGUUCGUCCAAA